AUGUUUGAAGCCAAAGUAGUAGGCAUUUCCCUCCUCUCCCUCCUCUCCGCCGCCAUUCUCUCCCCACCCUCAACCCCUUUCAACAAUGCCCCGCCACUCCCACAAACACUCUCUCCCCCACUCCUCCCCAGCAACAUCACCCACCCACCCAGCAACACCACCUCCAACGUCCUCCGCAUCCAAUGCGACGGCACGCGCUACGGCCGCAACCUCAGCCCCGGCAGCUGCCGCAACGUAUUCCACCACAUCGGCAAAUCGGACGCGCAGUCCACAUUCGCGGAACGGCACACCGGCCGACCGAACGACGUGCCGCUGCCGUGGCGCAUCUUGAGCGACGACGGGCGUUGCUUCGUGCAGCCGCUGCUGCUGAUAGCGGCGGCGACCGGCCACGCAAGUUCGACGCAGAUGGUUCAGGCGGCUUAUACGCUGUUUCAGACGUGCGUGGUUGCCAGGGGGCUUGGAGGUAUUGCUGCUGAUAUCGGUGGCGACAAUCACCUCAGCGUGGUCAUCGCAGACUACGCACCCAACGUCCGCUGCGACAGAACCGCCACACCAGGCCCGCCGUGGGUGUCCUGCCUCGUCAUCGUGUCGGACAUGGCAGCGACGAAAGAUCGAAAGGUGUUUGGGGACAAGAGCCGAGAUCCGCGCGUUGAGGUCAACCUGCCGUACUUUUUCAAAGCCAUCGACGCGAGGUGCCAGGCUUCGGUCGAGAGUAACGGAAAGUCAACGAGUGCGACUUGGUAUGAGAUAUGGGAAGCCAUGGCUGCGUUGUCUUCCAUGUGCGUUCGGGCUCAGGGUAAGGGUGGGAAAGCCUUCGGUCUGGGCCUUCGGAAGAACAUAUUCAUCCAGAUCUCCGACGAGAAUCCAGAUCUGAGUCGGCCUGCUGCAAACGUUGCCAAUGUCUCUGCAUCGGCUGCUUUGUUGGGUCUCGAGGCGUCCAACGCUUCCUUCGAAUUGAACGAGCCAGAAUGGGCACCUAGUCCCUCUGUUGAGGUUUCAACUGAUAUCUUGCAAGGCAGUAGCUCCUCAGUUGUGGUUCGUGGUGAUGUCAAUUCAGAUAGUUCAGAAGACUGA